AUGUUCUACCAGAUAUUCACCGGACUUUCGAUGGAGCUAGAUAAUCUAUUUGAUCAGGCGCUUCAGGGGCUGCUGGAUUACGAAGCCAACAAAGACCGCGAGAAUUGCUUAGACAAAAGCAUCCAUAUUGCAAGACAGGUCACAAAAUAUGAGCGGCGGGGACAACUCGAUGACCUUGAUACGAGCAUUGCAUAUAUGCCACUUCGUAUUGAUGAGACAGUCAAGCGGGAUGUUCCAAGGAUUCUGGACUACAUUAAUAUGUCUGUACUCAAGGGAGACAGAUAUGAUGUGUCUGGUCUGACCGAUCAUGCUAUGGCUGGGGUAGAAUUCGCCACAGAGGCCGAGAGGUUGGCAUGUGGACGAGGGGUCGCAAAUGAGGCCGAGGCAGCAGCAGCAAUGGGGGCUGCCUUGCUGAAACUAUGUCAAGGAGGUAUACGAAUGGAAAAAUAUGAUCCGCUCGAUACCGCAAUCGCGAAGAUAGAAAGUGCUAUUGAACGGAUGCCGGACGUGAACAAGGAUGUCAUACAAUGGCAACACAACCUUGCGACCCUCCUUGAACUUCGAUUCGAGAGACAUCCUCGCAUGAUGGUCCUUGAUCAGGCAAUACAGCUCUCUGAAUCUGUUGUCGAAGCCGGUGCGGCGAAUAGAAAACAGAAAGCUAUACGGGAAAAUAGCCUAGGGAAUCUCUUUGGACGCAAGUUCGAAUGGACCGGAGCAUCCGAAUACCUUGAUAAUUCUAUUGAGAGACUCAGAGAGAAAAGGCUCGAAGACCUAGAGGAAGCUAUCGAAAACUCGAGGAAAGCAUGUGAAUUAGGAAAAAGCUCUCCUGAUGAGGCCAUUUCCCUGAACAAGCUGAGUACCAACCUUCACAAGUUGUACGGUCACACGAAGGAAAAGGAUUGUCUCGAAGAUGCUGUUAAAUAUGGGCUCCAAGUAUGGGAACUGAUAGGCCAGGACCCGAACAGCCCUUUCCAUCAGGCCUGCGCACACAAUGUAGCGCUGGUCCUUACUCGGCGUUUUAGGCUUCUGGGGGCCCAGAAAGUUUUCAAUGAUGCUUUGAAACAGACUAAUAAAGAUGCCUACGAAUUUCCACAAGGCCGGGUUCAUAUCCGAUUGAGAGCUGCUGUAAAAGCGCUCGGAAUACUGCGGCUGAGGGAAGAUUGGGAGCAAGCGAGGGCAAUCGGGAGCGGUGCCCUCAAACUACUGCCUGACCUUUGCGAGCGAUCCCUCACACUUGACGACCAACAGUACGCGAUUCUUCAAGCUACAGGUCUUGCGGCAGACGUUUGCUCAUUGUACCUUCAGUGUGGUCUUGUGACUGAGGCCCUUCAAAAGCUAGAAUUUGGUCGUGGCCUGAUACUCCGGUACAUGAUUGACAGGCAGGGCGAUGUGCCGGGGCUGGAGAGAGUCUACCCCGACCUUGCUGCGGGGUAUAAAACAUUACAGCGCCAACUUGUGCGAAUGCGACUAGAAGCUGGAGAGAAGCUCAAAGCUGUUGUUAACGAAAUUCGCCAUAAGAAAGGAUUUGAGGCGUUCCUCCUGGAACCGAAAGCAGAGGAACUGACUGAUUCUGUAGCUGACGGCGUAGCUGUCGUGGUCAAUGUGACCUCCAUCCGCGCAGAUGCAAUAAUUGUCUCGAGUAACCAGAUCAGGGCACUUGCGUACUCCAGAUCACUCUCACUGAAUCGUUCCCAAUUCCAGAAGGAUACGGAGAAGGAGUCAGUCCUGAUCGUCGCGAUGCCCACGACCCCAGGGCAUCAGCCCUUGAGCGGAGUGAUCGAAGAAUCUAACAUUGUGAGGGCUAUUUGUAGAGAGACACACGUCUGUGAAUUACUCAAUCAUCCAACGGCUGACCAGGUGUGUCGCAAACUCGCAACCUCUGAUAUCGUUCACUUCGACUGCCACGGGUCAGCAAACGAAUCAGACCCAUCGCAGAGCUACUUACUCCCACAGAAGGACGGUGUGCUAGACAAGCUCACGGUCUCUAGAAUCUCGAACGAAGUCUCUCAGCAACCUGCCUGGGUCGCGUACCUUUCCGCCUGUUCCACAGCCCAAGUCAGGGCCACAAAGCUCGCUGACGAAAGCCUGCAUAUCGCAAGUGCUUUUCAAAUGUCCGGUUUCCCCCACGUUAUUGGUUCGCUGUGGCCAACAGAUGAUGCAGUCUGCGUCAAGGUCGCGGAGUUCUUCUAUACCUACCUAUUUGACAAUAGUGAAGUGUUUGCUCAAGGUUCUGGGCCUUUGUAA